CUGACGUACUUUCGAACAUCAUGAAAUUAUUUAACAAGCGACGUUUAGUAAUCUGGAUAUGUAUUGUAACUGUUGGAAGUCUAUGGGUAAUUAUAUAUGGCAAUGGACUAUUUGAAAGUAAAAGCUUAUCACAUAAGAAUAGAAUACCACAUGGUUUAAAUGAAAAUAAACACGCAUCUCGAAGCAGCAUGGAAACUUUAGAAUCAUCUCAAGAAUUGCUUGUUGUUGACAACUUCACAUUGAAGACUCCAAAUGACUCCAUGCUGAACGCUCAUUUCUUGGACGAUUUGCCAUGUGAAAUGGGAUUUCAACAAGAGUACGAGAUUGAUUUUCCAACAGAGAAUACUGCAUCGCCGAAAAUCCCACACGUCAUUCACCAAAUAUGGAUCACUACAUCUGCAAACUUGUCCACGUCUUCGCAGCAAAUGGUACCUGUUCAAUUUAUAGACAAUAUGAAAACGUUUAGAAAGUUUAACCCUUCCUGGGAAUAUAUGUUUUGGUCCUUUGCAAAUGGGAGAUCGUUGAUAGAGCGCUUUUAUCCAACUUUGCUUGAUGUUUUUGACAAGGCACCAAAAUCCGUUACAAAGUCAGACCUUUUGCGGUAUGUUGUAGUACACAAAUAUGGUGGACUUUACGCCGACCUUGAUUCGACCUGCCACCGAUCGCUAGAUCGUGUAACAAUGAAAUAUUCUUGUAUAUUAGUACCGGCACCGUUUGAAAACGCUGUCUUCAUGGUGAAUUGGCCGUACCAUAUAUGUAACGGAAUAUUUUUCUGUCGACCACAUCACGAUUUUUUUGGAUUUCUUAUCGAAAAAAUCUCCGAAAUAUCAACACUAUCUCCAAUACCAACAUUUAGUCUUGGUCCACGUUUCUUUACUACAAUCUAUCGCCAGUACCAGAAUAUCAGCGGAGAAGAUAUGUACAAAGUGAAUGUGAGAGCUAAUUUCAUUUCGCCUUACUUUUAUAGAGGGCAUAUAUCAGAACUCUUAAGUAACGGAAUAUACAUUCCUAACACUAGAUUUUUCCUUGACCAACCGCACCCGUUCCUGAAAAAGAGACUCGCCAAGGACUGUAAAAAUAACACAAACAAUAGACUACUUCUACAGCGCGUGUGUUGUGUCUUUCAGCUAAGGGGAUUUGAACGCCCACCUGGAAGAUAUACCUUUAUUUCACAUGCGUACAGUUAUUCUUUUGCAGGGUUUAACAAGAACAAAUAUACAAACUGUGUUCCGGUUAUCGAUGUAAUGGAUUAACGGAAAGGAAUCUAUUUUAUUCUAAAUGGUGGUUCAUAGGAAUUUAUCAGUAAAAUAAAUUUGGUUUUAAAACAGAGAAAUAUACUUUGAAGCAGUGAAUUACAAUUUGAUAUUUCACUGUUUUUAAAAAGGGAACUAUUUAUUUCUGGAUUUUACUUCAUUGUUCUUUAAUUAAACUACACUUGUAAUUGCUCCUCUUGUGGUUACAAAAGUAAAUACAAAACAAAAUGUUUCUAAAGUUGAUUCCUUUGAAAAGAACAUGUAUACAGUAAUAUAUAUGUUUUGUAGGCAUCUGAUACGAAAAAAAAAAACAGAAUGUUAGAUGUCGAGAUUUGUUUUUCAAGAAACAUCAUCAACUUGAUAUGAAUCACAUGAUAAUUUGUAAUUUUAAAAUAUAAUCUGCAAUUCUACCACUCAAAUAUUUUGAUGUAGAUGAGAAACUAAUAAAUAAGUUUACACUUCUUAACCCAUAAGCCGACCGUUCACGGAUAAGUUUCAUGAUACAUCCGGAGAAAAGCCAACCUGCCCAAACCACUCAAAUAUUUAUGUGCAUGGUUUUGCUGCAUGCACACUAUUUUCUGCAUAAAUACGAGCAACAGGAUAACAUUUACAUCAUCAAUAAUUACUGCAAAUAGUUGUAUUAGCAAAACAAAACAAAAUCCAGUUAGUAUACAUGAUAUUCGCUUACUAUCCAGUCUCUGAGUUCGAUCACUCCCCGCCACACAUAUACAAAGAAUCCGUUUGAUUUCCGACAGGAGUGAGAGUAACAUAUGAAUAUUUGUUUACUUUUACGUCAGCAGACAAUGUGAAAUUUGAUGUUAUGUAUUACAUUUUAUAAACAAAACAAAUGUCAAAAACAAUUGGAAUACGUAUUGUCAAUAAAGGUUCAUCUGUGACUUUUUGAAUGAAAAAUUAAUGAACGUAACCAUACGCGAUCUAAUUGUUAUUAAAGGUUUGUGAGCAAUUAAAAAAAAUGCUGUAAAGUGAUCAGUUUGAUAUGUUAUGUCAAAUGUUUGUUAAUUGCAAGUUUAUAACGUGGUAUGCUACGAAUAUCUGCGUUUUGUAAUUUAGCUCUUUUUAUUUCGGCAUGUACUUUGAUAAUUCAGCUAUGCGGAUUAUAUGUGAGGCACACUACGGAGUGCGAAGGUCAAAGGUUAUGGUGAUAUGAUAGGGGUAAAAUGAUAAAAACUCAUAUUUAAGCUUAAAAAAACGGAUUUUGUUUGUUUUCAGUGAGAUGUUAAUUUAUUACAGCUCCGCCACGCCUCACCCACUGAAAUAAAAUCGCUUACUCGCUUAAACAAAACGAUAUAUUAUCUAUAUCAUGUUAACUUAUGAUUUUGUGAAGAGUUAAGAUAACUUAAUUAACCUACGUCGCUACGGCGUAUCUAUCAGAUAAAUCAACCUGUUACAUAGCUCUAUGUUAAGUGUAAUGCCAAUUCCAAAGUUGCCUGGAUUAUCAGGGGAGGUUAAAGCUUUGCAGGAAACCCACGCUAACGAACUCACUUUAAGUCUGGGUCCGAUCGUUUUAAGGCGAUGACCCUAACUUGUAUUGAUAAACAAUUGUUCAUGCAUGUCUGUCUGUUUAUCACUUGUUUAAGGACUCCUGAUCCAUCGUCAUUGAAUGAAAACUUAGAUUCACUACUUGUAUAUCGAAAGGUGGUUUUAAAUUGAAUGAAUGAACAGUAAACAAGUUGUAAGUACUUUGAAAAGCGUAUGAACGUUUUAAUGUUCAAAAAUUUCCUUAAAAUAGCUACUAUAUCGUUUUCGACUUGAACGCAAGUCCGUAAAAUAAAAUAUUCAGCGAGUUUGAAUGUUGUAUAAAAAUGAAAUGCUCAAUUUCUAAAGCUAGUUAAAAGCAUGACAAGUCAACAAGAAUGUGCAGGUUAGGAUUGGAACUUAAGCAGGGAACAUAGGAGCGUCAAUAGCAAGCAUUGAAUUAACGAUAUUGGGACAGUUAGAUUUGGUUUUGAAGAACAAGGGUCCGAAUUUAUCAAAAAAGUUCAAUAUUGAAUGCUCCUAUGAAAAUGGCAUUUCCUGUUCUACAACAUCUGUUCUUAAAAGUAUCAACACAAACAUACGUUGAAUACAUUUAAAAUUUCAUUUGUGCAAUAAAAUUACGUGAAUUCGUUUGAUAUGUUAAUAUGUUUAAUGUAGGGAUGGAAGCCGGAUACCAAAUCGGUAUCCGGAUAUUCGUAUCAAGUAUUCGAAUACUAUCCGGAUACUCGUAUCAAAUUGUUUUCAUAAAAAGUAAAUUUCUUGUUAUAUGUCACCCACCUUCUUCGUUAUUUGACAUAAUUGUCCACUUAAUUUAUAAUUCGUCAUAUGGCAAUUUCACUUUUUCAUUCAUUCUUUCUCAGUCUUAAUAAUUUAUAAUGUUAUAAUCAAAGCUAAACAACUCAUUUUACGUCAUAAAACUCAUGAUGAAUACCACAUAAACACCUCGCGAAUUUGAUAGUCACUUCGGCCGAGGUGGUUACUUGGUUACUGCCACGUGCUUUCGAGUUUGUUAUUUAUCAUCAGGUUUCGUGUUAAAUGACGCUUUGAUAGUCGAUUGUAAUUUUAUUUCAUUACAUUGUUUGAUUUAAUGCAAUACCUACAAUUUCUGCGGUGUUUUGUAAUGAAGGAUAUAAUUGCGGAAAAGAUAAGGAGACAAAAAGACGAUCUGAUUUUUCUUCAUUUACAUGCGUGUACUUUUUUAUUUAUCAAUAAACUAAACAUGUUUACAUAUCGUAUGAAUAUAAAUAUGAAAUAAGUAUUUGAUUGAAAAGUGAAAAGAUAAACAUUUUUUUUUUGUAUUUAUUGUUCAGAUAGCAAUAAUUUCUUCAUGCAUAUUCAUCAAAAAUACGAUUGGUAAUUAAUAGCUUUGAUUGCACGACCAUUAUCUUGUGAUUGGACGAUCAAUUCCUACGGAUUAAUGAUCAAUCCGUUUAAUAUCAACUAAUGCCAAUUAGUGUCAAUUAAGCACAUCUGAGAUCAUAAAACAACACUUGUCAUUGUAAACAAGGUCAUAGUACUGUACUUCACAGGGUGCUGCACAAGGACACAAUAUCACGCCUUGUGCAAACACCCAAUUAGCAGACGAUUUGUGACACAUACCCGCUUCGCGACAGACACUGUUGAUCACCUUAAAUAUUUCAUCGGAAAAGUUUUAUAACAAUUGCGAUGUCUCUGGUAAGAUAUUUCAUUGAAAUUUUAAUUCUUAACGAAUAUUCGAAUACCCAUUUUGGUAUCCGAAUACUUGCGUGAUAUCCGGAUAUUCGGAUAUUCGCUUCCAUCCCUAGUUUAAUGUACAAUUGGAAAUCAUUGGCCUCUGAAAGAAAUUCAAUCAAGCAAAGUCGUUUGAGGGUUUGAAACUGCCUUAUGAAUAGGCUUACUAAUGGCCUGGACAUAGAGCUCACUCAUACCUUGGAAGAUAAACUCACUAAUGGCUCUACCACACAUGGCCGGGUUUUGCCGUCAGUAAGACAUGCCGAAGCUAUACUUAUCUGCUGUUAUGGGUUGAUGACCUGCCCCUAGGGUACAAGCGAAGAGGAGAAGCGGUCCGAUUGCUUAAAAUAAACAUGAUGUAUCUCGAAAUUCGUCGGCAUUCAUUAUGUUGAAUUUGGACAAAUGUUUGUCAUACAUUUAAUCUUAGUUAGUGGCUUAACAACAACGCACGUUUUGGUUUUCUUAUGAUAUUUAAGUGUAUAUUCGAUAUUGGAAACAUGAUAUGGUUCCGUUUUCUCUUGUUGUGUGAAGAAACUUUAAAAUGUGCGAUCCAGUGGCACAAAACCUUUUUUUCGUUUAAAUUAUUAUUUAUAUCAAGGCCAUCGUGGCGAUUUACUUUAUGUCAGGUCAUGUUGAUUAUUAAUGUACUCGCCAGAGUCAUCAGUGCUAAACACCAAGCUGUCAUGGCGAAAUUGGUGGCACACCUCUAAGACAUCGGUAACAUUAUAAAUGGUUACCCAGAACCACGCGUAGUACAGUCGCGGAUGUUUUUUUUCUUUUCUUGAGGAAGCCAUUUGGCGUAUGUUUUUGGACUUGUGAAUGCAUUAUCACAGACCAACUUAAUGUUCCUUCGAUAUCCCUAAAAUGCAUAUUCAUAGUACUGAGAAUGAUUGAAGUGUGUAACCACUAGGCCAACUAGUAGUCCAUACAAUGAUAGAAAAUGUAAUAUAUGUGAUAAAUUAGAUGUUGAGUACCACUUUGUUAUUGAAUGCAACCUAUUUAAUGAUUUAAGAAAAUUAUACAUUGAUAAAUAUUACUGGAAGAGAUCAUGCAUGUUCAAAUUUAUUGAUUUUAUGACUAGCCAAAAUGAGAAUGUACUACGUAAACUGUCAAAUUUUGUUUAUAAAGCUUUUCUACGUAAAGUGUAAUGAUGAUAGUUUAAACAAGCAGGGAAUAUAUUUCAUGUUUAAAAAUAAGAACAAAUUUCAGCACCUAGUUGUACAUUCAGAAGGUGUAUUUUAAAUCAUUCAAUUAACUUUAUAAAUACUCUCCUCAAUUAACUUUAUAAAUACUCUCCAUUUUAUUAAUUAGGCCCUUUUUAUUGUAUUUGCAAAAGAGACAUAAUGACUAACUGUUAUACUCACAAUGCUUUUAUUUACUUGUUAAUGUUUUUUGGAUUCAAGCCAUUUUUGUACCCUUGCAUCUGAAAAUGUAUAAAUUGACAGUUUUCGUAAAUUAAUUUAUUGUCAUAUUAUAUGCAUUUUAAUUGUUAAAUUAAACAAAGUCUGAGUUUAAAAUGUACUGUUAUUACGUCACUUAGUACUGGUAAAACAUUUAUUCGGAUUCAGGCUCUCAGCAUUGGAUUAGGAUACGCUUUAAAACUGAUUAAGUUCUUCGUAAAUGAAUAAUUACAUGCAAAGUUUAUACUCACAUAAGUGACUUAUUUCAAUAAUCUGCAAUCACAGCCACGCAUAGAUUACUGCAAGCGUGUAGAAAUAUAACUGUACUUUGUCGUAAGCUGGUGAACGUGACCGUGACUCAUCUUUAGCUCUUCUUGUUCAACCCUUUUUACACCUGUUAAUCGAUUAUUUUUAUCAAGCACCUUACAUGGCAAACUCACAAACUAAUUGAUAUUGACAAAUACCACACAGAGCAUAUGAUUUUUUUAAUUUUGUUGUAUUUUUACGUUAUGUUAAUAUUGUGUUCUUUCUUCGUUGUAUUUAUUAUGCAAUGUAAAUGUUAUGUAUAUAUAUAUAUAUAUGUAUAUAUUUGAAUGUCACCAUGUCAAAAUUCCUAGACACACUUUCAUUUUCGACAAGUGGCUAGGUCAGCUCCUGCAUGGUAAGAUAUGUAAACAGAUUAACAUAUUAAAUUUAUAAACAUAUGCAAACGAUAUUUCUUCAUUAAUCAUGUAACUGUUAUAGUUCUAAGUAUGCACUCAUCACAAAAUCUCAUGCCAUAUUGAAAUAUCUUUUAAAUGAUUUUGUUAUAAUUUCAAGUCGGACGCAUAUAGUACUAAAAUAAUAAGAUUGUAUUGGCGAUGUUAGACUACUUACUAUAUAUAAAGUAACAUUGUACAGUUUUCUUUAGAGGAUUGUUUAAAUAAUUUGUAUGUGCCUUCUUCAAAGCAUGUAUGUGUAUAUUACAUUGUAAAUGUUUGUAAAUAUUGUGUUUGUCCUCAUGGGCCGUAUGGCUUUUUGGAUAUGAAAUAAAUCAUCUUUAACAUCCUUGGAUGGUAAAAUAA